CUUUCUAGGUCUCUUACAAACUCUCCUUACACAAAUACCAAGGCUGUAAAGCAAUACACUGGACUUACGGGCCCAAGUUACACUCUAACAGGCCAAUCAGGGGCUCAGAAGUAUGCACUCCCUUCAGCUUCUGUUCUGCAGGUAUAGAAGUUAAUUUAAAUUUUGUUUCUCAUCAUAGUCCUAAAUGAUUUUUCUAACUCAUAUCUUGGGUUUAUCUUGUUUGAGCAGAAUACCAGAGAGUAAAAUAAAAAUAAUAAAUUAAGAUAAAUAUUUUUUUGUCUUAUGCGUUAGUCAGUUAACUCGAAGCUUCAACAUUUAUGCAUGCACCUGCCUUUUGGUGAAAUUAUUCCCAGGGUCUUUUUUCUCCUCUUCCCCCUGAACAAGAGAGAGGAAAGGAAGAAGACAGACCCUGAAGACAAGACUGAUUGAAUUAGAGCUGUUCACAAAGAAUUUAAAUAAUAUCCAAGGAUACGGUAGUAGCAGUACCACCGACUGUGGAACUGUGACAGAGGCUGUUUUUGGAAACGGUGGUGUUCGCUACAACCAUUUUAGCCUGUGAGAGCAUGACACAUUAGCAAUUGCCAUAAUGCUCUGACACAAUAUAUUAAAUGUCUGUUCCAAUUUUGCAUUUAAAAUUAACCAUGGCUUUUGGUUUGAUUCCGUUAACUUGUAUUCCAGCCCUAUAUAGACACAAGGGCAGGGACUUUGGACACAUGGCCAGCACAUGCUCUUGGUCCCAGUGCUCCAGAUCUAAACCCUGGACAGGCCAAACAAACAAAUGAGUUUAUGCCCAAGGGAGUGCACAAGCCAAAGUUUCUGGAACAACUUGAGGCCUUCUUACAAAAAGAAUUACGUUCCUUAGAUUGUGCUGAGAUGGUUCCAAGUGAGAAAAGACUGCAGGUAUGUUUA